CCGCAGUAGAGUUUGUAUAUUUCCGAUUUGUUACUUUGCCCUGUUGUUCCCCUUCGAUAAACUCUUUAAUGAAGCUUUAACGUUGAAAUUGACCAUUAAUCAUGGGUUCCAGAAGGUUGGUACUAUAUAUUUGUGAUGUAUAGGAAAAAUAAAUUAUUUUAUAUAUUGAACUGGGCAUUUUUAUUCUCGUUUUAUAUAGAUGGUUUCAUGCACGUAUCACAGGCCACGACGCCGAAGCACUACUUAUGGAGAGAGGUUCCGAUGGCAGCUUUCUAGUGAGGCCAAGCCAGAGUAAUCCGGGUGAUUUCACGCUGUCUGUAAGGUAGGAUUAUUCUCCUUACUUCUGUAGUAAAAUAAACUAAAAUAAAAGCAUUAGAUUGCUUUAACACCUCGAAAUAAUAGCGUAUAUGUCAUUUGUUUAUAUAAAUAUUGAGUGUGGCUCCGAUAGGUAGCGAUUAAAGAGCGAUAUUUCACGAGCUUCAUAGAACGAAUGUAACUAUCUGAAAUCAAUAAAAAGCACUUAGACCUUUUGAGCGAAAGCCCCUCGUGAUUUUCUCUGGGAGAUGGUCAAUAACUUCCAGAAGGGCUUCGAAGUCGAAACAUCGAAGCACGUUUGUUUAUGUAUGGAUGUCAUUGUUCAUUGAUGCCUGAUUUAAAAGUGCCAAUAUAAAGUUGGGUUCAAAUGAAAUAAUCAUACAAGUCUAUAAUAUGUUUGUAAUGAAUCUUCUGUAGUUUAAAAUGCGUCAAUAGGAAAUUUUUUAUAAGGAAAUUUGUAAUAUACUGUUCCUUAAAAUGUAUCAAAUUUAUAUUAAUUAAAGGGUUCGAAUUUCGUUUGAUAUUUAUCGAAACUAGCUGUCACAGACAAGCGGUUUAAUCUGUUGGUUUCGAAAGCUCUCAUUGAAUUGUUCUAUUGAAAUUGAUAAUAAACAAUGUAAUCCAUGUCUCGUGCAAAAAAUAAGCCAUUUGGAGUUUCGAUAUUCGCAAACAGUCAAGCAUUUUAUAUCCAGUUAAUAUUUUAUAGACAUAAACAUGUUUCCAAUUGAAACAGCAUUCUAACCCGUGUUUGGAAUACAAAUUAUUUUGAGAAGUAUUUUAAUGAUUUAAAUUAAAUGUCCUGAAAAUUUUACAAACCAUAUUUAUUUUUUUAUCGAAGUGUUGUCCUUUAUUUUAAUAAACUAAUGAAGUCAUUUUGAUAUUUAAAUACAAGUCUCUGCACAAAAGAUAUUUAAAAUUUGAUACCUAAAUUUGGUGUUUAACCAGGUUUAGAAAUUUCUUGAAUGCAUUUUUGUGUAGGUAGAAACCAAAAAUAAUAAAUUGCUGCUCUUAAUUGUGUGGGAAUUAAUACUUGAGAACAUUGUGUUAGCCAAAUCUAUAAUCCAAUUGUCUCUAAUUGUUGGCCCGUUCAGCCACAAUUUGCACAAAAAUUUGGAAAAAUAAUGCACCCAAGAUUUUGAAAAUUUACUAGUAAAUAUAUAGAAGCUGGAUAUAUGGAAUCAAUAUCUCGAUUUGUAGACGUACAAACAUUCCACACAGUUUGACACAAAUGUAGCCAACAUUAGGUCUCUGCCAGUGUGGAUUAGUGAGAAUUAAUUUAAUUUUUUAGCAGUUUAAUGUGGCAUGUCAGUUAACCCAAAGUCAGAUAUCUUUAAGAAUCUUAGCUGGUACCGGUUUCCUGUAAUUAUUAGGGCUCAAUAUUUCUUCUGAAAUUCCUUAUUGCCAAAUGGUGCAAUUUCCUGGUAUUUAAUAGACAGAUUAAUUUAAAUAAAUAGGGGAAACGAACAUAUUAAUAAUAACCCUACAGUCAAUUUCACAAAACAUUUGCCAAAAUGUUCCAUACUUUGUUUUGAAGUUCGCAACUAAUCAUUGCAAAAUUCAAAAGUUGAUAUUGAAAUUCACGAGCGCGUUUGUAAGCAAAGUCUCUGAUUGGUCAAUGAAUUAAAGAUGAUGUCCACUCCUGUGCACAUGUGCAAACUUUGUUUACGUUUUGAACUGCUAUAUUUGUAAAAUAAUAUGAUAUACUAACUGAAUAUCUAAUACUUUUCUGGUUUGCUUUACUUGUAAAAUAAUAUAAAUACUACAUUUAAAUUCAAAAAAGUUCGAAAGAUGCAAAAUUUGAGCAAUGUUUAUAUCUGGGGGUCCCCCUUUGAACAUGAGCAGAACUGAUGCGCCAGAAGUGGACAUCAUCUUUAAAAGAAGCCAAUCGAAUGCUUAGUUUGCAAACUGAAUAUUAUGAUGAACUUUGGAACUUCGCAAAAAAAUUUGCGAACUUCGGAAUGAACUUUGUAACAUCUUGGCAAACGUUUUGUGAAAUCGACUGACAAAAUACAAUUGGUGCAAGAGACAUUUACUAAUAACAACUUAAAACACCAUCAAGGGACCAGUAGCCCUUUUACAUUUAACACACACAGAUUUCCAAGUUCGCAGAUUGUUACAAUUAUAAAUAUUAAUUGGAUAGCCAGGGCUCAAGAUUUGAAUUUUUAACUGGUAUCCAAGUGGACACUAGGGUCUUGAAAUCUAGUAUCCCUAUUUGAAAUUUAGUAUCCCAGAUUUGGGUAGUAGGUAUUUCGAUAAGUGGUAUCACAUGAUUUUUAUCUCGUGCUUGCAGGGAAAAACCAUAGGCAUAUAUAGAAACACAAGUCAAAUUUCAUUAUGUUGCGAUGGCGACAGGAAAUUGCACGUAAUCAUUGGUUAUGUUCUGAGCAAUCACUGCCGAAAAUCGAGAGGCAGAAAUUAACCUUGUGCUCAGGUUCAUUCCGUUUUCGUGUGACAAACAACAAAAAAACAUUAUUUUGAUGAACAUUUCGCCGCGAUGUACAAACUUUGCCAAUAUUUCGGCGUUUUUAGUAUCCUGUCGCGAUACUAAGCCUAUGAUAUCUAGUAUCCAAAAUUGAAAUCUGGUAUCCUGUGGAUAUCGGGAUACCGCUAAUCUUGAGCACUGAUAGCGGUUUUUGUAAUACAUCUUUAGUCCAGAUUUGAAAGCUUGCAGAUCAAUAUCUCUAAAUCGGAGGUCACUAUUUAGAACGUUCCACGUUUUACACACUCUAAUAAGAUAUGAAUACUGGUAUGUUACAGUUUUAGCAAAGGGUAAGAAAUCUAAUCACGUUUUCGUUGGUUUCACAUCUGGUUUUUCCUGAUUCAGCUAAUUUGUUGGUUAGAGCAAGCUCAGUCAUUGAUAUAUUAAGUAUAGUUGUUAAUUAACUUAUACUGAGUAAAACCAUGUCCAAAUAUUCAUGCCAAUAAGUUAUUGGUAGUAACUCCAGUUGAUGUAAUCUUAGUUAUGUACAAGACAUUGGUGAUAAACCCAAGAUUUAAGAUAUAUUUCGUUGCCCUUCCCUCCACCUUCUCGAUGUCUUCGAACGAUUAAAAGGUCAUGGUUUUAUUUCAAAACAUUCAAAAAUGCAACUUUAAUACAAACCUCGAAAAUGUCAAACUUUUAGCUAUUAAUUAGUAAUUUCUCACAGACCAAAUCAUAUUUCAUAACAUCAUGAAAUCAACGUCAUAUUUCAUAACAUCGUGAAAUCAACAUCAUGGAAAUGGCCAAGUCUGGUUCAGCGCUCCUGUAAUGUUUUGACAUGAAAACAUUUGAGAGUAAUUUUCAGGCUACUUAAGGCAGCAUCUGCAGUUUUGGUAACAGUAACCAAAGUAGGGCUCGAUCGCGGCAAUCGCGGCAAUUGCUGUAGAGGGAGAACAAAAAGCUGUUGAUCAUUGCGGCAACGUCACAGCAAUUUUUUUCCGUAUAGUGCAAUUUUUAUACUAUUCACUGUGCAUUACUAUUUUCAUUGAUACUUGAAUUCAGAUGUUGAUCAAAUCAUGCGUAAAUCACUAUUUUAGUCUCAAUUUUCUUCAAAAAAAAAACCACUAAAGAAAUACGACUAGACAUAUUUCUAGCUUGCCAAAAAUCCAAAGUAACAAUACAAUUAAAUUUUUAUUACAGUAAUUUGAAAAAUGCCGUGGUUCAAACUGUCAAAAUUGCCAUAAGACAGCUGUUACAUUCUUCAGCAAUUUUUAACGCCUGAUGAUUGCCGUCGAUUGAUUUCAGGGAAAUUCGAGGCCUGAACCAAAGAUUGCAAGAGAUUUAGAAAAGAAUUGCAACAAAAUGGACUUCAAAAAAACCAGUAGAAAUAAAUUAUGUUUCUUCCCUAGACGUGGUGAAGAAGUUACUCAUAUCAAGAUUCAGAACAGUGGCGAUUUCUAUGAUCUUUAUGGAGGAGAGAAAUUUGCUACACUCUCUGAGCUGGUCUUGUUUUAUACUGAGUCAAGAGGGCAACUAAAAGAAAGAACUGGCGAAGUCAUUACUUUGAAAUAUCCUCUGAAUUCUACAGAUCCAACAACAGAAAGGUUUGAGAAGUGAUCAAAAACACUAUAAAAACAAACUGGUUAAAAGAUUAAACCCAUAAAUUGAUUGUCUCGCAUUCAUGUGAAUCUAAGACAAUCAAUUUAUUGGUUGUUUUAACAAUUUGUUUUACAGUGAAACUUCAUGUGAUAAUAGCCAGACGCGUCACUAGAGGGGUGUGUGUGGGGGGGAGGUAGUCGGCAAAUUAUUGUAUCCCAGUCCGCAAAAUGUUUUUCCACUUGGCAAAACAGGAAUUGGAUAACAUUCCAUGUCUGUUAAACUUGCGAGAUGUACUGCGAUUAUCCAUUCCCAAUUAGUUCCACUCUUGAUUGGCUUGUGCCUUUACAAUACAGUAAUGCAUGCAUUACAGGAUUUAUUAGUAAUUGCUACUACAAAUACUACAAAUAUCACAUUAAUAGUCUCUAUAUUAGAAAUUCCUGGUUUGUUCAUAGCAGGGGCCGUGGAACAGGGGCAAUGGGGGUAUGUGCCCCCCCCCCCACUUUUUUAAAAGUAAAAAAGUGCCCUUUUUCUGGGUAAAAGUGCCCCAUAUAAAGAACGAAAAAAGUAUUUCUUGAAUGAACGCCCUCUUUUGCUGGAAAGAAAGUGCCCUUUUUGCAGUAGUAAAGACUCUUGUAAAGGCCGUUUCCAACGUUAAAGAGAAAGUACCCCUUUUGUCCAAUGCCCCUCCACUUUCAAACAACUUCCGCAGCCUCUGGUUCAUAGAGACUAUUGCGAUAUCUAUAGUAGCAAUUACUUAAAUUGGCCUUUCUCACACCGCCAUUUUUGGGUGGCUUUUCAGCCGAAGUCAGCGAGAUAAGCCCACAUAACAGCGACUUUAUAAUUUUUUGGACGAAUAUGGUAAAAUUGCUCUGUAAAUGGUUUAAAGUUUAUUUUGAAAAAUUGCUUUUCAUAUUGUUUUAGAUGCCACCCAAAAAUGUCGGAUAUUCGUCAUCGUCAGGGAUGGAUCCAGCAUGGUCUGGUAGGGGGGGUGCUCCGCCAAAAAAAAAUUUCGGAAAGCAACAACCUCCCUCCCCCAUUUACAACUUUUUAGGGAAAAUUUUUUUCCGGACGAGUAACACAUCCAUCAACUUGCUUAACCACUGCAAAGUCUAGCUACAGUAUUUGAAUUGUAAUUGUUGUUCACAGUUCGCUUAUCAUCAUGUUAUUACUCAAAUUACUGAAUCUCAUUUUGUCUCUGAUAAUUUUUUGCUUUAUCAUGAAAAAUAGCACCCCCCCCCUGCACCCCUCCUGGCCAGGGCUAGGGGGGGUGUGCACCCCCCGCACCCCCCAGUAAAUCCAUCCCUGGUCAUCGUGAGAAAGGCUAAUUGACUACGCUAGCCUGAAAACAGACCUACGUUUCGCCUGCCCUAAAAUUCCCCUUUCUGUCAACCUGCAAAUUUUAGGGCAGGCGAAAUGUGGGUCUCUUUUCAGGCUAUGACUAUGCAUACUUCUUCGUUUCCUCCCUGUCAACAUUGAAGAAUGAUUUUUCAACAAAAUAUACCAGUUGAUAAUUUCAGACAUGGGGGUAGGGGGAGUUAAACCCUCCUAGAAUCUCUCUAACCUCUCUUAUAAAGUGUUCAAGCCCACCGAAAUUUCGCUUCACCCCUCCUAUUUUGUGUGAAAGUCUUUAACCCUUACUUAACCCCCGCUGAAACUUGCUCAGUCGUAUCGCUUGCACCCCACUAGAAAUUUUCCCACCCCUACUGUACUUUAAAAAAAUGAAAAUCCGCUCUUGAUUUCAGAUGGUUCCAUGGUCACAUUUCAAGCAAGGAAGCGGAGACGGUCAUGUUAGAUAAAGGAAAGAAUGGAAGUUUUCUUGUCCGCGAAAGUCAGAGUAAACCUGGAGAUUUUGUUCUUACAGUACGGUACGUUGUGUGACAUUGUGAACUAAACCGAGAUUGCUAAGCUUAUACUACUAGAGCCAGUUGUUCGAAAGGGUUAUUAAGGCAGGUUUUCGUUAUAGUUCAAAAUUUAAAUUCAGAGUUUGCUUUAGUUUAGGGUUAAAGUUAAUGAUAGGGGUUAGGAUUGAGGUUGCGUUUACGGUAUACAGACCUUCCAAGUUUCCCGCAAUUACCGUGAAAUUCCCGCACUUUUGUUCGCUUUCACGCAUCACGCAUGAAGUGACUUUCUUCCCGCAUUUUUAAACUUAACUUGUCGAGGUUUCUUCCUGUGGGGCAACUACUCCCAUUUCUUUUCAUUUGCACAAUGUUCAAUGCAUUCUUUUGCCAACGCCAGUACCCAGAAGUCUUGAGAAGUCUUGAAAAUGUGUGUCUCAGUCGCAUAUCAAAAAGAGACAAAAAGCUUGGAGACGCCUGAGGAGCGCUAUUUUUUGCCGUUUGGGAAGGCGGAGGAGCGACGCUAACAUUUCAUAUUUUUAUAGCAUGAACACAUAAGGAUAAAAUUUUUCAAAACUUGACAGGUCUGGGUAUAUUAAGGUUUAAGAUUGGUGUAAGUGCAGGGUUGUUGAUUUUUUGUUGUUGAAAAGUAGCUGCCAUCUUUAAGCAUCUCCCUCUCUUGAAAGCUGGUCUGCUUAAUCCCUCUCUCCUCCACAGAGGCAAUUGGAAUAGGCUAAUAUAGGCUUACAUGAAUGGAAUAGGCUUACAUAUGAAUCUUACAUGAAGUUUCAAUUGGGGAGAGAACGCGCGCGGGGGGCAACGGGAAGACGGAAGAAAGAAUUGCCUUCCCGUCGCUCCCCACGCGCCUCCCUUCCCCCAGGAAACUUCAUGUAAGCGCGCACGAAACUUCAUGUAAGAUUCCGAAACUUCAUGUAAGAUUCAUGGAAGCCUAUUCCAAUUGCCUCUGCGGAGGGGAGAGGCUUAAUCCUACACUACAGCAAGGUUGGUUAACAUAAAACUUCAAUUAGCAAACUCCCCAACGGUUUUUUUUUUACUUUGACUCGUGUGAAAAGAGUCGGUCAACGCUUUGCCGAAAGUCGUGGGUUUUCUCCCAUGGGGAAAGUUGACAGGAUAAAAUAAUCUAGGCUAAGUUUGGCUAAGUAUAUACCCGGUCAAACUAGCUAAAAUAGCGCAAUCCAUACUGCAUUACUGGCUAUGGUCAUGGAAUAUUUUCUGAUAGUUCAUUUAAUGCCCUGUUUCUAUACAAACAGACGCAUAAUUACGCAUGCAAGCUUGUCUGUCGAGGCAAACUGCGCUGAUUAUUCGUCUUAUUAUUUAUUUAAAAGAUUUCAUGCUUUCUGAUCGGCUAACAACUGUGAAAUCGUUUAUAUCAACUCAAUAGCUGACCAAAUAUGGAGUUUUGACGUAAUUUUCAAUGCGUGACGUCAUAUGAAAAAAUAAUAUUAAAUGCUAUGACGUCAUGCCAACGACGACUUCAAUUCGAAGGAGUGCGAAUUUUGUCACGAAAGCACCUAAACGAGACUAAUCAGGCUUGUUUGCUAAAUCUAGCAUAAACGUCGGUAUUUUUAACAUUAAAUUUCUCAAAAAGAAUAAUGCAUAAUAUUAUAUACUUUGUAACACUGUUAGUCUUGAAGUAUUCUAUAAGGCACUAUUAAUUUCGGAAGUAAUCGUGUAGAGGUCAAAAUUACUCAAAUAUGAUUGGCUAAUGGUGAGGGCAUUUUUUCUUAGUAAUUCAGGGCAAAAUUACUUGUACCUAAUUGACUGAGACGCAAGCGUGGGAAGUUUCUUGUUUUAAAUAGCAAUAAAAAUAAUUGCUUCUCGCUUUGUCGUUGCGAAUAAUAAUGUUAUUGAAGAAUUAAAAACUUCUAGUGAAAACUCGAACACUAGAAAAAGUAUACAAUUUUAUGGGUUGGAGUAUAUUUAAGAAAUGGGCAGCAUUAGCCAUUAAGGAACAUCGGCGAAUGGAGACAUACGAGGUUCAAGAACUUGACAAGUUCACAAUUAACUUACGAAUAUAUUUUGCCCUCUGUAUUAACAAGUAAUCAUACAGUUCUUCGUAAAAUUAAAGUUUAAUUUCACUUCAGACUCAAUCACUAUCGUGAUCAUUUUCCGAUUUGUGAGGAGGCAAACUGUGUCUUCAAAGAAAGUACAUGUGCAGACAGUAUGAAAUUUUAGUCUUUAAUUUUUAAUUGAUAUUUGAGGUUGGGUAAAGAGAAAUGUUGACUUUUCAAUGGUUGGGUCAGCAAAAUGUUUUGCAAGGAAAACAUUUCUGUUUCCCCAAUGACAUAUUACAUGGGGUCUCAUUUAGAAUCGACGAAAGCAUCACACAUGUUAAAAUCCGUUGUAAUGAUGGUUUUUACGAUGUUGGAGGCGGGGAGAAGUUUGCAAACCUCAAAGAUCUUGUCGAACACUACAAGAAAAGUCCAAUGGUGGAAAAAUCUGGUCGUGUUGUUCAACUCAAAGUAGUACGUAUUUAACACUUAUUGACUGGGACCAAGGAAACAGUAUAUUUUGUGGAUCCGAGAAUGCCCGAGACAAGGCCUAUUAUAGUCGUAUUUUUCCAAACUGCUAGUCCUGGUUAGUGUCUGGUCAUAAAGUAACUGCUAGGGUGGGCUGGAUGUAAAUCACAAAUUUUGUCAAUAAGUUCGGUGACCCAUGUUAGGAUGUAGAUAAAAAUUUCACAGCCCAUCUAAUCUUACAAAAAAAUUUUCAUGACCCACCCAAUCUAAAUUAGGAAAAUACACUUUUAUAAUAAAAAAAUACUUGCAGGUAUGAACAUUGUAAAUAUACAUGGCACUGUAUUGACAUAAUUCCACCAAGCUUGACCAACACAUUGAUACUGAGCUGCUCCCCAAUUGGUUGUAUUUGCUGUGAUUCGACCACUACUUGUUGUUGUAUAAACAAAGUACUGGCUUCAAUAGCAUCAUUUGCAUUUGAUAAUUUGGAUAGUUUUGUUUACUUUUAUUAUUAAUAUCUUUAUUUUUUGAAGUAAACAUGCAUGGGUUUUUGUUUGGUGGCCCAACCGUGGACAUACAAAAAUAAUGGCGGCCCAUCGAAACUGCCCAUCGCAACUGCCCAAAGAUUUUCCAUGGCCCAUCCCAAAUCACUCCAGCCCACCCUAGCAAUUACUUUAUGACCGGUCCCUUAGGUCUAAUAAAUUUAUAAAAUUUAUACUCGAGAUUUCCACCUAUAAAAUCCAUCUUUAGUUACAGUAUAUCGACUGCACCUUACAUUGGCGUCACCUUAGUGUAUAUAAACAAAAGUGACUAUAUAAUAGUUUUGUUUGUGGAAACACCACGUAUAUGUGACUUGUUUAAUUCACACGCCCUUUUAAAAAGGGCGUGUGAAUUAAACAAGUCACAUAUUAUUAGCACUGAUGAAGAUCCGGGCUUACGGAUCGAAAGCUUUGCAGUAAUAAAUUUACGUGGUGUUUCCACAAACAAAACUAUUAUAUGUUUCAUCGCCAUGCAAACAUACAAAGAACUUAAAAGUGACUACAUUAGUCACUUUUACAAGUGAUUGUUAUGGCACUGUAUUUGACCGGCUCAAAAUUUGUCGUUUCCAAGCGAGAACAGGCCAGACAACUUGACCGGCGCCUGUCCGGCCGUUAUUUUUUAAAAAAAAUCAAGAUUUUGUUGGCAUCGCACUCGAUUGAAUAAUAUAGUUGCAGCAGGCUGCUCCAUUUACUGUUCUGGAACAUUUGGAACACUGUUCUGGAACGAUAUAAAAUGGAAUGCACACGGUGUUCUGGAACAGUGUUGAGUUAUAUGUGCGUGCAACCAUGCAUUACUAUAUUCAUUAGUUAUUCGCAUAAUGAAUCGUAUAAUGAUUUGCUGUUAUUUGUAUAUCUAAGUAUGCUUUUGUAACGUUUUUACUCGUUGAUUUCGACCAUCCCUGGCGUUGAAAUAGCAUAUAAUAAGUAUGUGUCGAUAUAUAGCGGUUAACCCUUCAAAAUAACACUCAAUGCAGUGUACAUUGGAUACACAAAAUCUGUCGCUUCCAUUUCCAAUCACGUGAAAAUGGCAGUGUCACGUGUUCUGUUCUUGCUGCCCCUAAUCGAAAAUCGGGGUAGUCAGAACAGUUCAGAACAGUCAUGUGACUGCCUUCUAUUCCAUUCCAUUAGUGUUCCGAAAAUCCGGAGUACUCCGAACAGUAAAUGGAGCAGCUUGUAGGGUUUUGUAGAUAGAAAUGGACAACUUGCAUGUUAGACUAAAUUUUAAUCUAAGUAAAGAGAAGGGAAUCAAACACAACAGUUAAAAAGAACAUAAUGGAAUUAGCAAAAUUUCAAAAUUUGGUUGCGAAAUUUAGUAAAAUACAGAAAAUAUAGCCAUGCGAAGUUUGCAUAUUUUCGGUAUAUAUUUGUAUUACGUGCGAAAAUUGUUACCAUUUUCGGCUCAAAAAUGGUAACAAUUUCCGCGCGUAAUACAAACAUACUGAGAAUAUGCAAACUUCGCAAGGCUAUAUUUUCUGUAUUUUACAACAUUUCGUAACCAAAUUUUGCAAUUUAGUGAGUUUAAUAUGUUCUUUACGGGGGCUUAACGGAAAUUUACUUUUUUUUGCCUGAAUCAAAAAUUAGUCUAACGUGCAAGCUGUUUAUUAUCGAGUGGAAAUUCUAUGUACAUUUAUUAAACCUAACCAGGAACAGCCGUAGCCUGCGCGGCAGGCGGUAUUUCUACAGGCAGCGAAAAUUAGGGAGGCAAAGGGUAUUUCCUAAGUACCGCCUGCCAUGCAGGCUAGAACAGCCGCGAAAAAUGCAACUUUAAGUCCCUGACAGGAAUCGAACCUGCAGCCCUGCGAGUCUGGUGCAGCGCUCUAACCAAUCCUGGUACUUCUGGAAUAAUAUCGUCUUUUUUUCACACUCAAGCCAUACAACGCGACAAGAAUCAACGCCUCCAGUAUUGAAGAUAGAGUCAGCGAGCUCUUGAAAGAAAAUGGAAAUGUCGAUGGAAAGGGUGGAUUCUGGGAAGAAUUUGAGGUAACGACGUUUACUGCAAAUCAUCUAACGAGGAACAGAGCAGGCUGUAUAAUUCAAGAUUUUUAGCUGCGCUGGUACUCCAGUGAUAAUGGACCAUUUGCAUUAUAGACUAAUUUUGAUCUAGCCAAAAAUUUCAUCACAGGUUGAAAGAGCAUCACAAAGUUAGUAAUAUUCCAAAGUUUCUUUGCGAAAUUUUGUAAAAUGAGGAUAAUAUCGCCUUGCGAAAUUUGCAAUUUUCAGUCAUUUUGUAUUACAAACGGGAAAUUGAUGCCCCAACACCCGAUUGGGCUGUCAAUUUCCCGCGUGCGUAAUACAAAAUAACUGAAAAACGGAAAACUUCGCAAGGCUAUAUUAUCCGCAUUUUACAACAUUUCGCAACGAAACUUUAGAAUAUUACUAAUUCUGUGAUGCUCUUUCAAGCUGUGAUGAAACUAUUUUUGUCUAGAUCAAAAUUUUGUCUAUAAUACAAAUGGUCCAUUGCCGCGUACUUGACUACUGGUACAAACUUAGGUCUCAAGGUCUACUUUAUUUACUGUAAGGCAGGAAGGAUACCAGUCGGAAAAUGGGCUUUAUAGGUCCUUUUAAAAGCCUUUACCAAUCGUUGAUGGUUGCGGAGAGCUUAAGAUAUGGUUUUAAGUUUGUUCAAAUGAGCACGACAUAAAGAAAGAUAAUUAAUGAGGAUGAAGUCUGCAGUUGACAAUGGAUGAUUCCAUAUAGACUAAAUUUUGAUCUAGGCAAGAAGAACAAAAUCCAUCACCACAGCCAGAAAGAGCAUGUUGAGAUUAGUAAAAUUGCAAAGUUUGGCCGCAAAAUGUUGUAAAAUGCUGAAAAUAUAGCCCUGCGAAAUUUGCAAAUUUUGUAUUAAUUUGUAUUACGCGCGGGAGAAUGCACCAUGCACAUUUGGGCCGAAAGUGGUGCAUUUUUCCCUACAACUGCAACUGAAACAUUUUUGUUUGCAGAAUUUGCAACAGCAAGAAUGUAAACAUCUUUACAAACGAGAAGAAGGACGGAAACCCGAAAAUAAAGCAAAGAACAGAUACAAGAACAUUCUGCCGUGUAUGUAAAGAAAAUAUUUACGCGUGUUCCUUGUAUUUAGCCACAGAAUAGAUACAUAUACAGAGUUAUAACUAGUGUACCCACUUUUUUGUGCGCAUGCUCGGCAUUGGCAAGUUACUAGAUGCAUGCAUCUGAUUGGAUGACGACCUGAUGACGACUCACUUUAACUGCUCGCGGAACUUGCUGAGCACGCGCAUUGAUCUUUUUUGCCUGGUCGCCUGAAAAAAAGUGGGUACAUGAAAACGUAAGCUUUCCGCAGUGUUUACGACGGUCAGUUACAGCUCUGUAUGUCUCUACUCUGUGAUUUAGCAGACAAUUUUUUCAUGGAUAUAUUUUUGCGUUUUUUUAGUUGAUCACAGUAGAGUUAUUCUUCAGGAAGACGUACAAAACGAACCAGGCCAUGACUAUACUAAUGCGAACUUUAUUAACGUGAGUUGCAUAUUUCUUAAAGAGGUUGAAAAUUUGACAACCACUACCGGCUUAAUGGUUUGAAAGUCUUUUGUGGGUAAAUUGAAAGGUUUAUUUACGGUAGUUCAAAGUGUUCCAUAAGUUGUGUCAACCGAAUUGAGAUCAAAGUCCAUUCUAUAUAGGGUUCACUUGAAGGUCACCAUAAACGAUAUAUCGCGACGCAAGGUUGUCUUCCCGUCACAGUCGGCGACUUCUGGGCGAUGGUAUGGCAAGAUAACUGUCGUGUCAUUGUCAUGACAACCAAGGAAGUUGAGAGAGGACGGGUAAGUCUUGGCGGAUUUAUAUACAUGCUAGAGAGCUCUAGAAACAUAUAGGUGCAGAGCAUAAUUAUUUUGUUCACGAUUUUAGCAGCUUGAGUGAUUUUCAAAAUUUUGUCAGUGAGUUGUUUUGGGUAUCUUUGAAGUGGUUCGGAAUAGAGUUAAAUAACAUUGCCCCACUAUACAGUAAGAUAUCUUUGAUUUCCCAAACUGGGUAGUAACUUUGGGAACUUUUAAAUCCGUAAUAGGCAAUUCCAGCUUUUAGUUUAUGCGUGCAGGGGACGAUGGGAAGUAAUGUAUCACAUUGCUGUUUAUGCUGAAAAAAUAGAAAUCGUGUAAACACGGAGUAAUAGCUUAUACUUGUAAAUAUUGAAAUGUUUCGGUAGUUUUUAUUGAAGUUUUUUCAGCAUAAUCAGCAAUAUGAUACCUUACUUCCCAUCAUUCCCUGCAUGAUCUUGUUGGUACAUUAUGUGUGUUGUAACGAAGGGGGACUCGAAUCGCAAUUUUCUGCGACUUGACUCGAAUACGAAAAAUGACUCGACCCAAAUGAGUCGACUUGUAGUUGAAUAGGUUGGGAAGAGGAAAAGGUUUGAAGAAAUAAAAAAUAAUUCUCGAUGCAGAUAUAGACAUGUAAGGAAAUUUUUGUUCACUAUACAAUUCGUGUAGCCAUUGACUCGAUUCGACAUGAUAGUUAAAUUUUUGAAAUAGGUCAAUCGAUGACCCUCAGUGCCCCAUCCCUCUCUAGGAUGAACCCAAGCAGCUAGUAUUGAGGAGCUCCAACUUAACUCUGACUCUAUUAUUAAUCAAGAAGUACUUAUUUAUUUAUUCAGACAAAAUGCACGCGGUACUGGCCAGAUGAUAAACAGAUGAUCAAGACAUAUGGAAAGUUCAGCGUGAUGUUAAAAGAAGAGGAGCACACGGCCAACUAUAUUUUCAGAGAAAUAAAACUCUGGAGAGAAUCCAAUGUAAGACUUGUAUAGCAGCUUACCUUGAAUAUCCAUUAGCUCUUUCUAGUUUUUGCUUAAAAUAGUAUUUGUAAAAGAAAAAGGUGUUGAAAUUAUAUUUUUCUCUAUAUCUCCACAGGAAGGUGCAGAACCACGCAGUAUAUAUCAGUUCCACUACACAGGCUGGCCUGAUCAUGGCGUACCUGAUGACCCCAGUUCAGUUCUCAAUAUUCUCGAGGACGUCAACAUCAAGCAAGAUCAUAUUGAAGGCGCUGGUCCCAUUGUCGUACAUUGCAGGUAGGGGGAAGGGAUGCUAUAACAGGAAUGAAUUUACAGGGAGGUGUCCACCUCUCCCUAGCCUUGGCAAAGGGGGAUGCCAAAAUUUUGCUUAUCAAGUCCAUUUCACGGAUUUCGAAAGGCGAUUGCAAAAACAAAAUUAGAGAAAAUUGAAUUAAAAAAAGGAAAGAAACAAAAUUGAAACAGAGAAAAUUGUGAAAUGUUAUGAAAUAGUCAAACAAGAUCUAGUGAUUACCAAGGGUGGGUAGUAGCGAAGUAGUUGUAGUUCGCUACUGUAGCGAACUACAAUUUUCAAGUAGCCAGUAGUUUUUGACUACUUUUUCAAAACAGUAGCUGUAGUUAUAGCGAACUACAUUUUGCCUAAAAGUAGCCAAGUAGUCGACUACUUUUCAAACAGCAAAUCGCUAUUCGCUACCUUUUAAAAUUGUUAGCAACUUGAUAGAAUAGAAUGUUAUUAGGACACAGUUUGCUUAAAAUCAAUGCUCAAUUUGCAUGAAUAAAGUAUGCCGUGCAACUGUUCAAACUGUGCAAGUGCAUGCCGUCUUAUUUACUCGCGUAAGUCGAUUUGUUAUAGGUUACAUUACAGCCAGAGCUAUAGCAGAUGUUCCAUAUACCGUAAAAUUAAAAAAUAUUGAGUAGCGAAAUAGCGAAAUAGUUCGCUACAUUUUUUAAGCAGUAGCUGUAGUCAGUAGCGAACUACUUUUGUUCAAAUGUAGCAGUAGUUGUAGCUGACUACAUAUUUUUGAAGUAGCUGUAGUUAUAGCGAACUACAAAAAAUUUGUAGUCAACCCACCCUUGGUGAUUACCGAUUUGGUCAACAAUCGCACCCUGAACCAUGACCAAAGCUUGAUGAGCACACACACCCACUCCCUAGUAGGUGUGGCUGGAUUUAUUGCUAGAUGCUAACAUCCUUACUUGCAGCUGAGAGCUUAGCUGAAUUACGAAUGACUCUGUUCAAACAUCACCAAGCUGAAGGUUUACUAGGGCGUCUCCACGUGCCACUAUACGAUCCUUGUAUGACCACAUCUCUUAAAUCAAUAAAUUUACUGAUCACCAAGUACUCAAACUGGCUGCCACCUGUUGCACGGCAGUGCUCAACUAAAACCCAAAAAUUAGAUUACAAAUGUAAGUGUUAUUCGGUUCAUGAUUGAGUUAUUUAACUAAACUAUAAGAAUCAAUCAUUCUUGCUAUUUGUACAGUGCUGGUAUUGGAAGAACAGGGACAUUCAUAGUCAUCGAUAUCUUGAUGCAUAUUCUCAAAGAACAAGGUUAGAUUACUACACUAUACUGGUUUUUCUUUGAAUGAGAAAUAAUAUUUAAGAUUUAGUACCAGAGUCAACCUGGAGACAGGAUUCCAUUCAAGAUCAUAGAUUUACAGACUACAGUCGUAUAGUGUCUCUGUGUUGCCAUGUGUGUUUGGAAUCAUUCUUGCAUUUUCGUUCAGGUUUAAACAGCGAGAUUGACAUCAAGCAAGCUAUACUCAAUGUUCGAGCACAGAGAUCCGGCAUGGUACAAACGGAGGUAGAGCCUGCAUAAUUUCAUACUUGGUUUACAGAGAUAUAGAAAAAUAAUAUACUAGUGCACAUUAGCUAAUACAUUAGUUAAUCUAGCAGAGUAAAUGAAACCCACCAAUGGAUUCCAGCAGUCUUCUGCUUGCCAGGUGUGGACAUCACCGGGAGAACAUCAUCCAAUAUACAAUCUACCCGAGUACAAAUCCCACCAUACUCAAGUAGUUCUCUGCUUGCCUGUUGUGGACAUCACCUGAAGAACAUCAUCCAGUACACAAUCUACCCGAGUACAAAUCCCGCCAUACUCAAGCAGUUUCCUACUUGCCUGGUGUAUGUGGACAUCAUUCGGGGAAUAUCAAAUAUAUAUAAUAUACCUGAGUAUAAAUCCCACCAUGAUCAAGUAGUUUUCUACUUGCCUGGUGUGGACAUCACUUGGAGAACAUCACCGAAUACAUAUAAUCUAUCUGAGUACUAAAAAUCCCAUUAUGAUCAAUCCCACCAUGAUCACUUGGAGAACAUCAUCCAAUAUAUACAAUCUACCUGAGUACAUAUCCCACUAUAGUCAAGUAGUUUUCUACUUGUAUGGUGUGGACGUCACUUGGAGAACAUCAUCUAAUAUAUACAAUCUACCUGAGUACAUAUCCCACUAUAGUCAAGUAGUUUUCUACUUGUAUGGUGUGGACGUCACUUGGAGAACAUCAUCUAAUAUAUACAAUCUACCUGAGUACAUAUCCCACUAUAGUCAAGUAGUUUUCUACUUGUAUGGUGUGGACGUCACUUGGAGAACAUCAUCUAAUAUAUACAAUCUACCUGAGUACAUAUCCCACUAUAGUCAAGUAGUUUUCUACUUGUAUGGUGUGGACGUCACUUGGAGAACAUCAUCUAAUAUAUACAAUCUACCUGAGUACAUAUCCCACUAUAGUCAAGUAGUUUUCUACUUGUAUGGUGUGGACGUCACUUGGAGAACAUCAUCUAAUAUAUACAAUCUACCUGAGUACAUAUCCCACUAUAGUCAAGUAGUUUUCUACUUGUAUGGUGUGGACGUCACUUGGAGAACAUCAUCUAAUAUAUACAAUCUACCUGAGUACAUAUCCCACUAUAGUCAAGUAGUUUUCUACUUGUAUGGUGUGGACGUCACUUGGAGAACAUCAUCUAAUAUAUACAAUCUACCUGAGUACAUAUCCCACUAUAGUCAAGUAGUUUUCUACUUGUAUGGUGUGGACGUCACUUGGAGAACAUCAUCUAAUAUAUACAAUCUACCUGAGUACAUAUCCCACUAUAGUCAA